GACUUGCGAAUUCUUCUGUCCUCGCAAGCCCAUGCUAGAAAACAUAUAUAAUGUUGGACUGCUGGUCUCUCUACAUUUUCAUUCCCAAUCUUCAUCUUAGCAACUUUCCAAUUCCACACCCACGCGAAUCCACAUUCCAGCAACUGUCCUAACGAUCAAUCCAUCAACCAUGUCUUCCAACCAGAUGCAGAGCGCCAAGGACUCAGCUGCCCAAACCACUGAGCACACGAAGCAAUUCGGAGCUGAGAAGACUGGUCAGGCACAAGAUCACGCCCAAGGAAUGGGCCAGGCUGCCAAGGACAAGGCCAACCAGGCGGGACAAGCCACGUCCGAUGCUACCCAGGCUGCCAAGGACAAGGCUGUCGAAGCCAAGGACAACACUGGCAACGCUCUGCAGCAGGCUGGUGACAAGGUGAAGGAAACUUUGACGAACGCCAAGGAUGCUGUCACAGGAAACAACCAGUGAGUAGCGAUUUUGAUGUCUCGUCCUGUCAGCAACGACAUGGACCUUAUGCCAUCUUCGCCCUUUUUAAUCAACCAUGGCGUUGGCUUUUGUACAGUAGGCCGCCUUUUCCUCACUUGACGAGCUCGAAGUAGAGGAACGAAAAAGGAAAGAAGCUCCUCCUCGAGCAUGAUUGUUAUCCAAUAACGUCAGGACAGCUUUGCUAUUCGCUUGUCCGUGACCUGUACAUGUGAAUGUACAUAUUACAAGUAAAUAUUUGA